GGCGGCGCCCGAGCGACCUGAAGCUCCCGGCUGCCCGUGCGGCGGCGGUGGUUGGGUGGUAAGAUGGCGGCGGUGAGCCUGCGGCUCGGCGACUUGGUGUGGGGGAAACUCGGCCGGUAUCCUCCCUGGCCGGGAAAGAUAGUUAACCCACCCAAGGACUUGAAGAAGCCACGUGGAAAGAAAUGCUUCUUUGUAAAGUUUUUUGGAACAGAAGAUCAUGCCUGGAUCAAAGUGGAACAGCUAAAGCCAUAUCAUGCUCAUAAAGAGGAAAUGAUCAAGAUCAACAAAGGCAAGAGAUUCCAGCAAGCUGUGGACGCCGUUGAAGAGUUCCUCAGGAGAACCAAAGGGAAAGACCAGGCAUCAUCCCACACUUCUGCUGAUGACAAGAAUCGGCGUAAUUCCAGUGAGGAGAGAAGUAGGCCAAACUCAGGUGAUGAAAAGCGCAAGAUUAGCCUGUCUGAAGGGAAGGUGAAGAAGAACAUGGGAGAAGGAAAGAAGAGGGUAUCUUCAGGCUCUGCAGAGAGAAGCUCCAAAUGCUCUCUGAAAAGAGCCCAAGAGCAAAGUCCCCGGAAGCGGGGUCGGCCCCCAAAGGACGAGAAGGACCUCACCAUCCCUGAGUCUAGUACCGUAAAGGGGAUAAUGGCUGGACCGAUGGCUGCAUUUAAAUGGCAACCAACUGCAAGUGAGCCAGUCAAAGACGCAGAUCCUCAUUUCCAUCAUUUCCUGCUGAGCCAAACAGAGAAGCCAGCUGUCUGUUAUCAGGCAAUCACAAAGAAAUUGAAAAUAUGUGAAGAGGAAACGGGCUCCACGUCCAUCCAGGCAGCAGACAGCACAGCUGUGAAUGGCAGCAUCACACCCACAGACAAAAAGAUAGGAUUUUUGGGCCUUGGUCUCAUGGGAAGUGGCAUUGUCUCCAACCUGUUAAAAAUGGGUCACACCGUGACUGUCUGGAACCGGACUGCAGAGAAAUGUGAUUUAUUCAUCCAGGAGGGGGCCCGCCUAGGAAGAACCCCCGCUGAAGUCGUUUCCACGUGUGACAUCACUUUCGCCUGUGUGUCGGAUCCAAAGGCUGCCAAGGACCUGGUGCUGGGCCCUAGUGGUGUGCUGCAAGGAAUCCGUCCUGGAAAGUGCUAUGUGGACAUGUCAACAGUGGAUGCGGACACAGUCACUGAGCUGGCCCAGGUGAUUGUAUCCAGGGGAGGCCGCUUUCUGGAAGCUCCAGUCUCAGGGAACCAGCAACUGUCCAACGAUGGGAUGUUGGUGAUCUUAGCAGCUGGAGACAGGGGCUUAUAUGAGGACUGCAGCAGCUGCUUCCAGGCAAUGGGGAAAACCUCCUUCUUCCUAGGUGAAGUUGGCAAUGCGGCUAAGAUGAUGCUGAUUGUGAACAUGGUCCAGGGGAGCUUCAUGGCCACCAUCGCUGAGGGGCUGACACUGGCCCAGGUGACAGGCCAGUCACAGCAGACACUUUUGGACAUCCUCAAUCAGGGACAGUUGGCCAGCAUCUUCCUGGACCAGAAGUGCCAAAAUAUCCUGCAAGGAAACUUUAAACCAGACUUCUACCUGAAGUACAUCCAAAAGGAUCUCCGCCUGGCCAUUGCGCUAGGCGAUGCCGUCAACCACCCGACUCCUAUGGCAGCUGCAGCCAAUGAGGUGUACAAAAGAGCCAAGGCACUGGACCAGUCUGAUAAUGACAUGUCUGCCGUGUACCGAGCCUACAUACACUAAGCCUCACUACCCACCCACCUCCAUCUCCUCUGGCCUCUUCCUGAAGUGGGGUGGGAUGCCUGGACUUUGCUCUGGACCAGUCACCUGUCUCCAUGUCCUUUUAUACAGACUUUGAGACUUGUGUCAGCACAGCACAUAGCAUCACCCUCCCUCCCUGGGGCCCAGGCAGGGAAUGAGGACCUCAGCAGGGUGACUAGUGAAGAAGCGUUUAAGCUGGGCCUGGGCCCUGGAGCAAGAGGCUGUGUAUUUCUUUCUCUUUUUUCUCCUUCUCCUCUCAUCUCUCUCCCUUCCUUCUCCUCUUCUCUCCCUCCCUCCCUCUCCCUUGCCAGCUCUCACUCUCAACACACACACAGGUUCUUGUCCCAGGACAGAAUCUGUUGCCUGGCUUUUUUGUUCCAAGCUUGUCUGAUCUUAACCCCCCUUGGGUCACGGAGCUGGAAUCGGCAGGAAAGCGCUGGAAGCCUUCCCUCAGCUUCCCGAGGGCAGAGGCUGUCAGGGGACCAGGCCCCUGCCAGACCCCUGCAAGGAGAGGCCCUGGGCCAGCGUAAACCAGCACAGACCCCAGUGGAGGCCUGGCUCCUUGACCCUCAUCCUCAGGUGACCAGCUGAGGAGGAUUCUCCUGUCAACGGCCUUGUGAACUGAAGACAGACUGGCAUCACCUCCCUCACUAUUGCUGGGCACCCAGCCUGGCUGGCCCCAGCUCCUGCUUUGCUGUGGGAGCAUGCUCCUCCCAGACCGCUUUGGAUUUGCAUUCCAGCUCUUGGGAAAGAAAGGGUCCUAAGGGCACCAAGAGCACAGUAGAGAGUGGGGGUGGCUCCUUCCUGUUUCCGUUAAGAUUAAGACAGUCUCUUCAUCUGGCCCUGAAGAGCGGCUCUGACUAGGCCACCUACUCCAGCCUUCCCUGCAUGUAUGUCCUGCUUCUCAUUUCCUAGCCUCUCUUCCCUUGGAGAUAGUAUUUCUGCCUGUCCAGUUUGGCCCAGACCCAGCCUGACUGAUGGUGAGCGUUUCUUAGGCUCGGCUUCUGAUGGGGAAUGAUCAUGAUCUGUGGUGCUUCCCCAGGCUGGGGUCUUGUCAGGAGGGAACAGGGCCUGAACUAGCAGUGGAGCUGCCAUGGCCUCAGGCCCUAGCAUUUCUCCUUGGAAGAGGGGACCAGAAAGGGGCUCAGAAUAUCCAUGAGAACAAGAAAUCACCCAAGGGAUGGGAUUUCCAAAGUCUUGGUGUGCGGGUCAGCAUUUACAGUGACUAAUAUAUAUAUAAAGGAGGCCAUGCCAGGGAAGGAUCCCUCCUGACUUGGCCCAUUUCCACGGGGUACAUCCUGGGAUGGUAGGGUCUCAGAGGACAUGGGAGUGGCAGCAAAGAAGAACUGCAGAUUCUGUGCGCUUCGCUUCACUGAGUUGGUGAACUCGGCCUGUCCUGGGCCUGAGGACACUGGGGGUGGGGUGGGGGGAGAUGCUGUAAGGAAACCGGUUAGUCAAUGUUGUCUUAAUAUUGUUGACAAUUCUGUAAAGUUCAUUUUUAUGAAUAUUUCUGUUUAAGCUAUUUCACGUUUGUUUUGAAAUCCUUCCCUUCUAAGGAGAAAAUGUGACGCUUGUGAAAAUGCUUGUAAGAAAGUUCCCGCCCCUUUCAUUUAAAUCUUUAAAUGACAAAUCUUUUAGGUGAUUAAGGUUGUGAAUUUUUAUUUUUGUUUUUAAUGACAUUUGUCUUUCAGAAUAGGAUUGUGUGGUAAUGUUUAAAUGGCAAAAACAAAACAUGAUUUUGUGCAAUUAACAAAGCUACUGCAAGAAAAAUAAAACAUUUCUUGGUACCACA